UGUUUCAGAGCAAAAAUUGGAAAUAUGAAUCGAUUUCAAGGGAAACUUGAGGUUUUUUAUAACAACAGAUGGUUAGUAUUUGUAGCAGCAAUGUGGGUUCAGUCAGUUGCAGGAACUGGUUAUUUGUUUGGAAGUAUUUCACCUGUAAUCAAGUCAUCAUUGAAUUAUAAUCAAAAACAAAUUGCUAGACUGGGUGUUGCCAAGGAUCUUGGUGAUAAUAUCGGAUUUUUAGCUGGAACUUUUUGUGAAGUUCUGCCAACUUGGGGAGCUUUAUUUGUUGGUGCUAUUCAGAAUCUUGUUGGCUAUGGUUGGGUUUGGCUUAUUGUUACACACAGGGUUCCGCCUUUGCCUUUGUGGGGGAUGUGUGUUCUUAUAUUUGUGGGAACAAAUGGAGAAACUUACUUCAAUACUGCAGCAUUGGUUUCAAGCGUGCAGAACUUCCCGAAAAGUAGAGGUCCAGUGGUGGGAAUACUCAAAGGGUUUGCAGGUUUGGGUGGUGCUAUUAUGACUCAGGUAUAUGCGCUGAUUUAUGACCCUGAUCAUGCAGGGAUCAUUUUUAUGGUUGCAGUUGGACCAGCAAUGGUGGUUAUUGCACUCAUGUUUAUUGUUAGACCUGUUGGAGGUCACAAACAAGUUCGACCUUCUGAUGAUUCAAGCUUUACAUUUAUAUACACAGUGUGCCUUGUUUUGGCCGCCUACUUGAUGGGGGUCAUGCUUGUUGAAGAUCUAUUUGAUCCGAGUCACUACGUGGUCGUCAUUUUCACCGUUAUACUGUUUAUUCUGUUAGUGAUUCCAAUUGUAGUUCCAGUGUCUUUGACUUUUUUCUCGAGUCGGAGAUCUCCAGCUGAAGAAACUCUCCUUCCUGAAACUACCAAGCAAGAACCCACCAGUUCUAGCCAGGAUUUGAGUCAUGAAGUUAUAUUCAGUGAACUUGAAGACGAAAAGUCCUCCGAAGAAGAGACAGUUUGUGUGAAUGACAGGAAGAAACGAAUUGCGCAGUUGCAAGCCAAAAUAUAUAAAGCAGCUGCCGCAGGAGCUGUGCGAGUCAAGAGGCGAAAGGGUCCACACCGUGGAGAGGAUUUUACGUUAACGCAGGCAUUGAUGAAGGCAGAUUUUUGGCUCAUCUUUACUUCUCUUCUUUUGGGAUCAGGAUCUGGAUUAACAGUGAUUGACAAUCUUGGUCAAAUGAGCCAAUCUUUAGGAUAUGAUAACCCACAUAUAUUUGUAUCCAUGAUCAGCAUUUGGAAUUUCCUCGGCCGCAUUAGUGGAGGCUACUUCUCCGAGAUUGUUGUCAAGGAUUACGCAUAUCCAAGGCCAGUGAGCAUGGCUGUAGCGCAAGUCCUAAUGGCAAUUGGGCACUUCUUCUUUGCAAUGGGUUGGCCUGGGGCUAUGCACAUUGGUACGUUGCUAAUUGGAGUCGGUUAUGGUGCACAUUGGGCAAUUGUGCCAGCUGCUGCAUCAGAGCUUUUCGGGUUGAAGAAAUUUGGGGCAUUGUACAAUUUUCUCUUACUUGCAAAUCCUGCAGGAUCGCUUGUUUUUUCUGGUCUUAUAGCCAGUUCCAUAUAUGACAGUGAAGCUAAGAAACAAGCGGAAAUGCAUGGCCAACUGCUACACAAUUCCAGAGGCGUGCUCAGAAGUAUCUCUGAUGUUAUUUUGUCUGCGGAUGAACCACUGAAAUGUGAAGGCUCUAUCUGCUUCUUCCUUACUUCAAUUAUAAUGUCUGGAUUCUGCAUUGUUGCAGUUGUGUUGAGCAUGAUUCUUGUUUACAGGACCAAAGUUGUAUAUGCCAGUUUAUAUGGAAAAUCGCGUACUUGAGUUGAAA